AUGGCGAAUCCAGGAUCAGCUGGCGAGAUCCGGUCCUUGUGGAUCGGAGACCUCCAGCCAUGGAUGGACGAGGGCUAUCUCAUGAGCAUCUUCGCUCUCACUGGCGAGGCUCAACAAGCUAAAGUCAUCCGCAAUAAGCAGAGCGGAUAUUCUGAAGGUUAUGGGUUUAUUGAGUUUGUGAACCAUGCUGCAGCUGAGAGGAUUUUGCAGACUUACAAUGGUGCUCCAAUGCCGAGCAGCGAACAGACCUUCAGACUGAACUGGGCUCAGCUUGGAGCCGGAGAGAGACGCCAGGCCGAUGGGCCUGACCACACGGUUUUUGUAGGAGACCUGGCACCUGAUGUCACCGACUACAUUCUUACUGAAACCUUCAAGACUGUGUAUUCCUCCGUCAAGGGCGCUAAAGUUGUGACCGAUAGGACCACUGGACGGUCCAAGGGCUAUGGAUUUGUUCGGUUUGGGGAUGAAAGUGAGCAGAUACGUGCCAUGACCGAAAUGAAUGGUCAAUACUGCUCAUCCAGGCCUAUGCGUACUGGUCCAGCUGCCAACAAGAAGCCUCUUACGAUGCAACCAGCUGCCUAUCAAAACACUCAAGGAAACCCCGGAGAAACUGAUCCAACCAACACAACAAUUUUUGUUGGAGCUUUGGAUCAAAGUGUAACAGAAGAUAUUUUGAAGACAGUAUUUGGUCAAUUUGGUGAACUUGUUCAUGUGAAAAUACCAGCAGGAAAGCGUUGCGGAUUUGUUCAGUAUGCUAAUAGGGCAUGCGCAGAGCAAGCCCUCUCCUUGUUGAAUGGAACACAACUUGGCGGACAAAGCGUUCGUCUUUCAUGGGGUCGCAGUCCUUCCAACAAGCAGACUCAACCUGAUCAAGCCCAGUAUGGUGGUGGUGGUGGUGGAUACUAUGGGUAUCCUCCUCAGGGAUACGAAGGUUACGGAUAUGCACCUCCUCCUCAGGAUCCUAACGCCUACUACGGUGGCUAUCCUGGUGCCGGCUAUGGAAACUACCAGCAGCCCGGUGGCUACCAGCAGCAACAGCAGCAUGAUGUGUAUGUCGUGAUCGAGCUGAAGUUGCAGAAAGCUGUCUGUGAUGAAAACCACCACCGUCUGAAAACG